AUUAAGAGAGAUAUUAAAUUUUCAUUAAAUUAAGAUUAAGACUUUUCAGAUGACGAUCGAGUUUUAAAGAUAAAAUAUAUAUGUUCAAAUCUGAAAAAUAUGCGACUGGUAAGCCCCCCACACCGCAGUGUCCAGAUUUUAUACCCAUGAAUAUGAAUAGGUGUAACCUAUUGGACUAAACCUCGUUAUUGAGUAGCCUAUGGGCUGAUUGCUCACUACCACAACUAAUAAUUUCCUUCUCUUCUCAUGAGAAAAGACGACAGGUUGCUCGUACUUGAGCGAUCGACACUUCUCCACGUCCAAAGACUUUCAAGCUUCUUCUGCUUCUCAAACCUCAAUUUUUUUAUUCAGAUUUCUUACUUAAUUAAUUAACAAAAAGAAUUCAUAAUCUCUCAUGAGCAUAAAUUGAGCUGCCAAGCUUCUUUCAUUUUUUUUUUUGGGUAUGCAGAGAGUGCGAAAUUUAAACUUGUAUAGGCGCCAAUUCAUGGAAAUAAAGCUUACCCGUCACUCAUACAUCAUUGCACGCCAAACAGGAUUUUCUUAUUCCGCAAUUAAAUCAAACCAACAAUUGAAUGAUUUGUCAAAAAGUGGUCGAAUCGAUGAAGCACGCCACAUAUUCGACAAAUUGCCCGAGAGAGACGAGUUUUCCUGGAAUACAAUGAUUGCUGCUUAUGCCAAUUCAGGAAGAUUAACUGAUGCUAAACAACUUUUUUGUGAGGCCCCAUUGAAGAGUUCAAUUACAUGGUCUAGUCUUAUAUCUGGGUUCUGUAAAUAUGAGUUUGAUAUUGAAGCUUUUGAGUUAUAUUUGCAAAUGCAGUUUGAAGGACAAAGACCUAACCACUACACGUUAGGGAGUAUUCUUAGAUUGUGCUCAAGAACGGGAUUUCUUCAAAAAGGGGAGCGGAUACAUGGCUAUGCUAUAAAAACUCGACUUGAUGCGAAUGUUUUUGUUGUCACCAGUCUUGUUGAUUUGUAUGCUAAGUGUGAAUGCAUUUCAGAAGCUGAAUAUAUUUUUGAAAUGGUGGCUGAUAGCAAGAAUCAUGCAACAUGGACAGCUAUGCUUACUGGGUAUUCUCAUAAUGGAGAUGGAUUCAGAGCAAUCAAGUGUUUUCGGGACAUGAGAGCUGAAGGGGUUGAGUCCAACCAAUUUACAUUUCCUAGCAUUUUGACAGCUUGUGGGGCAGUUUCGGAUCAUGUUUUUGGGGUUCAAGUGCAUGGUUGCAUAGUUAGAAGUGGUUUCGGUGCUAAUAUUUUUGUCCAAAGUGCAUUGGUUGAUAUGUAUGCAAAAUGUCGAGACUUGAAUAGCGCAAACAGAGUAUUGGAGAAUAUGGAGGUUAAUGAUGUGGUUUCCUGGAACUCGAUGAUAGUGGGGUGUGUGAGGGAGGGAUUUGAAGCGGAAGCUUUAUCUUUGUUUAACGAGAUGCAUGCAAGAGAUAUAAAGAUUGAUGACUACACAUAUCCAUCAGUGUUAAAUUCUUUUGCGUCGAUGAAGGAUAUACAAAGUGCAAAGUCUGCCCAUUGUUUGAUUAUCAAAACCGGAUUCGGGGCAUACACGCUUGUGAACAAUGCCCUUGUUGACAUGUAUGCUAAGCAAGGAAACUUAGAUUAUGCAUUUACGGUAUUUAACCAGAUGCCAGACAAGGAUGUUGUCUCUUGGACCUCCCUGGUUACAGGAUACUCAUAUAAUGGCUCUUAUGAAGACGCUAUCAAGCUGUUUUGUGACAUGAGAAUUGCAGGUGUCUGUCCUGACCAAAUUGUCCUUGCCAGUGUUUUAAGUGCUUGUGCGGAACUGACAGUUACGGAAUUUGGUCAGCAGGUUCAUGCAACUAUUCUUAAAUCUGGUCUUUGUUCUUCCUUAUCAAUAGAUAACUCUCUUGUGACAAUGUAUGCAAAGUGCGGAGGCAUAGAAGAUGCCAAUUAUGUCUUUGACUCCAUGCAAAUACGGGACGUCAUCAGUUGGACUGCUCUAAUAGUUGGAUAUGCACAGAAUGGUAGAGGAAAGGAUUCUCUACAUUUUUAUGAUCAAAUGAUUGCAACUGGCACAAAACCAGACUUCAUUACAUUUAUUGGUUUACUAUUUGCUUGCAGCCAUACUGGUCUUGUGGAAGAUGGUCGCCGCUAUUUUGAAUCUAUGGACAAAGAAUAUGGUAUCAAACCGGGUCCUCAACACUAUGCUUGUAUGAUUGACCUUUAUGGACGCUCGGGAAAACUUGCUGAGGCCAAGCAAUUACUUAAUCAAAUGGUUGUGGAACCAGACGCAACUGUUUGGAAGGCGAUUCUUGCUGCGUGCAGAGUACAUGGGGAGCUUGACCUGGGAGAGAUGGCUGCAAACAACCUCUUUGAAUUGGAACCCACGAAUUCCAUGCCUUAUGUAAUGUUAUCUAAUAUGUAUGCCCUUGCUGGCAGAUGGGAAGAGGCUGCAAAAGUCAGGAGAUUGAUGAAAUCCAAAGGGAUUAGUAAGGAACCGGGGUGCAGUUGGAUAGAGUUGCACAGCAAAGUAUACACCUUUAUGUCAGAAGAUAGAAGUCAUCCAAUGAUGACCCGGAUCUAUUUGAAGAUAGAUGAGAUAAUUAUGUUGAUCAAGGAAGCUGGUUAUAUGCCAGACAUGAAUUUUGCACUUCAUGACUUGGAUAAAGAAGGUAAAGAGCUCGGUCUAGCUUAUCACAGUGAGAAGUUGGCUAUUGCAUUUGGGCUUCUCACUGUGCCACAGGGAGCACCAAUUCGUAUUUUCAAGAAUCUCAGGGUUUGCGGUGAUUGCCAUACUGCCAUGAAAUACAUAUCAAGGGCAUAUCUUCGCCAUAUCAUUUUAAGGGACUCGAAUUGUUUCCAUCAUUUCAGGGAAGGAAAAUGUUCAUGUGGAGAUUACUGGUAGGAGGUUGAUCCUUUAUUAUUUUCUCCUCUCCGCCUGCCAUUUUAUGGACUGGAAAUCGAAAAGAUGAUUCCUGGUGCUAUUUAGGCCGCUUUAAUCCUGCACCUCCAGCCAUUCUCAAAACCGUUUGUCUAUUAUGUAUAAUUUGGUAAGGUGCAUCACACAAAUGGUUUAAGCAGCUGCCAUCUUCACAUAUAUUUCAGUGCGUUAGGGUUGAACAACAACCAACAAACGUCGACUCAUUAAAAUCCAAUACAACCUCCCGGAGAAUUAGUGCUCCGACAGAUCACUGGACAGCUGAUUGGAUAAGAUAAUGACAGCAAUCUUGGAUGCUACUGCUUGGAGAAUCUCCCUAGCUGGUUCGAAAUUUUCUUAUAUUAAAUUCACUGGCCUCCAGUAUAAACGCAUCUCGUCUAAGAUUCAGCAAAUUGUUGUUCUAUUGCAAUUAUUUCUCCAACUGUUGCUCUACAAAAGGCGAAGACUGGGAUUCUUGUUCAUGCUUGAGAAACUCUCUCAUCUUUCCAACUUGUAGCUUUGGUUAUAUCAUAGUAAUUAGACUCAUAUUUCUGACCAAAGUGAUUGUUGUUCGACAAUAUUUGUUCCACAAUAGAAUUCAAUCUGAGACAUUGUUUUGAGUUCCAAGAUGUGCAUAUUAAGUAUAAAAAUUUGUUCUUCGA